AAGUUCAAAUCAACUUUUUAUCAAGUUAACCUUCAGUUAUCCAGUUCGUAUACCGUGGGAGCGGCCCAUAUUGAGCAUCCUACUCCCGCGGCAAAACGACGUAGCAUUAAAUUAAAAAAACGCGCACACAAACCAACAAAUUCUUUCUCCCACCUUUUCCCUCCAGCGGUUAUGCUCUCAACUCCCGAUGUUUUACAUUUACGCCUUUUCGAAGUUCGAAAUCCAAAAGUCUACUUUCUGAAAAAGUCUCGCUCUACAUUUCUUCUGAAUCAAGCAAGUUCGACGAAGUGUUUUUUUUUUGAAACAAAUCUCUGCAAAGAAGACAAGAGAUUAAGUAAAGGCUUUCACCGGAGCAACUUGAAGAUCAAGUUCAGCACCAACUACAACCAAAAUGGUUAGGGUUAAGGAAAAAUCGGCUGUCAGGAAUACAAGAAGCAAUGCAACAGAAGAGAAUGAGAAUUUAAAAAUGGAAGAUUGUGUACCAAUACAGAGUCAAGAACCAUUGCAACUGUUGACUUAUGACAAGCCAACUACAACCAGAAAAAGAAAAACAGUUGUAAUAUCACAUGAAGAAUCCAAAAAGAAUGAUGAACAAAUAGAUGGAAACACUGCUGUCAACUUAAGAACCAGAGUAGGACCAGCUCCAUUUAUCAAGUUGAUUAAAUUGCUGGAUGAAAAUAAAAGAGCAGCAAUUGAAGAGAUUGGCUUUGGAGGUCUGCUGAACCUAAGUUUUGACAGAUUUUAUGGAGACUUUGUCCAAUUUCUAUUGCAAAGUUUGUGACCAAUAUCAGCUCAGCUACAACCCACAAAUGGUGAGUUGUUGGAUAUUGAAGAACAAGAUGUUAGAGCUGUUUUUGGUUUGCCGAUGGGAAAGAUUGAUGUCGAGGAAGCAAAUGCCAAAAAUGAAAGUGAAGAGUACAUUGAAUUGUUGAAGCAGUGGAGAGAGUACUGGGGAAUUCAAAAGGGCAGCCCAGAGACAACAAAAAUGAUCCAAAAAAUCAUUGAUGAUGAUGAUUGUGGAGAUGUUUUUAAGAGAAAUUUUGUGGUGUUCACAGUUUCAUGCCUCAUCAGAGGCAAUCAGAGUAUAAAGAGCAACUUCAAGAUCUUGCUCUCUCUGAUAAAAGUUAAUGAAAUCAAGAACUUGAACUGGUGCAAGUAUGCAAGACGAUCAUUAAUGGAUGCUGGAGAAGAAUGGCAAGCUCAGCCAACAAAGAUGUUCACUGGACCGUUGCUGUUUAUGAUGAUUUGCUACUUCGAUAUAGUGCAAUUUAAAGGUCAGGUUUUGGAUACUCUUUAUCCAACAAUCAGAAUCUGGAGCAAAGAAAGAAUUGAAAAGAGAAUAAAAGAUGAGAGGAAGUUGGGAUUCGGGCUGGGGAAGGUGAUCCCACGAAUUAUGAUAGCUGAUGAAGAGAAAGAAGAACGAGAAGAAAAUGAAGAAGCCAAUACAGAACAAAAUGAAGAUGAAGAGAUGAUUUCUAAAGAGGACUGUGUGAAAUAAUUGCUGUUGCACAGAAGUUCAGCGAUGCUUUUGUGGAAUUCUCAAAACUUCCAGCAACAAUUUCUAAAAGAUUUCCCAAUUCCGAUAUCUUGAAAAAGAUAUACUUGACAACAGCUGAUUACUUCUUCAGACAAGCUAAUGGCAGUGCCAAGGAAUCAGAAAAAGAGAGGUUGGCAGAAAAGUGCACUCUUGAUGAGGACGAUGAUUUUUUCAAUAUACCAGGGGUAAUGGAAGCCCUAGAUAGAUUAGAAAAAGCUGCUUAUCUGAAGUUCUCAAUGCCUUCAUUUGAUCUGGGCAUUGAGUUCAGCAUGACACAACCUUCUCAAAAUGAAAAAAAAUCAACAAAUGAGAAUCCAGUUGCUCAAAUGACUGAAGACCCAAUAAUGAAGAUCUCUAGAAACAUAGAAGAAGAAAACAACAAAGAAGAAAUGGUUGAGAUACUUGAAGGAGGAGUGAGGGAAGAAGAAUAUAGAAAUCAAGAGGAUGUUGUAACUGAAGAGCAAGAAGAUGUAGAAGAAGAAGUGAAGAUGACAGCACCUGUGGCAAAAAGGCAGAAGCUGAAAAAUGCAUCUAAGGCAGCUGAUACAGAAUGGAAAUUCAGGUCACCAUAUCUCAAACACAAUCAGAGGCUGUGCAAGGAGAUGAGGAAGGAAGAAAAAAUGGUGAUUGACUAUGCAUUUUCAAAGGAAGUUGGAAAUGAAUUGCUGUAUAAUGAUGACUCAAGCCUGUUUUUGAACCAUGAGGAGUUCCAAACACUUGAAGAUGACAAAGAAGUUGACAAUUCAGUAAUAAAUGCAUGGGUAAAAUUACUGAAUGACAGAGAACACAAAAACAAUCCUCCCAAACGAGCACUGAUACUUUCUACAUCGGUCUAUGCACAAUUUGCAGUGUUAUAUGCAAACAAAGAAGACAUGAUGGUAGAGAGGUUGGAAUUUGAAGUUGAUAAACAAGGAAAUCUCAAAGAUUAUGAUAUGGUCUUGUUUCCUGUACACAAAAGUCAGCACUACUAUAUUUAUUGCUUCUAUACAAACAAGAAUAUAAUUGAUGUCAUAGACAAUAGAAUUCUUGAAGACGGGUUGGAGUUUAAAGACAAGUAUGAGGAGAGCUUUAACCAACUGGUGGAAGGAUUUAAAAAGUACUGCAACAAGAUUAAACAUCCAGCUGGAAGAAUGGCCACAUGGAACCCUAGAAUCUUGAAUAUGCCAUGGAGGUACAAUGGGAAUUAUGUUGACUGUGGCAUUUUUGUAAUGCGUCACUUGGAAACAUAUCGUGGACAGGGAGACAAGUGGGAUUCAGGAUUCCCAAGUGCAUCUAAAGCUGCUGGAAUAAAAGCUCAGAAACAAACACUGAAGAAGCUCAGACUUGUCUAUGCAGCAGAAAUCAUAAGCUCAAAAUUCAACAUGGAAAGGGAAAAUGUUUAUAAAAGAGCAAAAGACUUCAUAAAUAUGUAAAGUACAUUCGUUUUUAAGGUGGCAGGUGGAAGGUGG